AUGGCAGGUGACGAACAGACCUACACACACUUGUACUGCUCUCACUUGUUGCAGCCUGAUUUAGACCUCAGUUAUGAGGUGCCCGCUGUCCUAAGUGAGGCUGAUGAGAGCUGGGAAGGCGAGAGGAGGCGCAGACAAAGGAAAAGAAGAGCAAAUGCGAGACGGACAAGAGUAGAGCGUGCAGGUCUUGGUCCAGGAGACACAGAGCAGAGAGAAGGAGAGAAUUUAGAGGGAGGAGAUGAACCAGGUGGAAGAGGCCAGAGAGCUGGAAGAGAGAGUGCAGAUGUUUCAGGUGGAAAAGGAGAGAGUGUGAGCCCUGCACCAGGUGACAGAGGCCAGAGAGGUGGAAGAGGCCAGAGAGGUGGAAGAGGUCAGAGCAGUGGAAGAGGUCAGAGAGGUGGAAGAGGAGAUAAUGCAGGUCCAAGUACUGGAGUUGGCAGCAGAGGAAGGAGAGGGAGAGGAGGCAGAGAUGCAGAGGAAGAGAACAGAGUUCAGAUGAUCCAAAUUGACCGAAGGGUCCAGACAGAGGCACUCAUUCAGGGCAUGAGUGAAGUGAGGCUACGAGCACUAGCAACCCAGGUCUUCUCCCGGAAUCCUGGAUUAGUUUUUGAUGCACUUCCUCCAUUGGACAGCACAACCCCACCUAACGCUGCUCUUCCAUGGUGCACCUGUGGGAACUGCAGGGAAAUGGCCACAGACGCUGAAAGGAAAUGCUGUGGCCAGGGGCCUGACUACUGCAUCAGCAAAUUGGCACAUUUUGAUCUGUAUUGUCUGGGAGAUGGUUAUUUGCGUAUUCACAGAGAUUACAGAAAUGAUAUGUUGGUGGUAGCUGAAGUUAUAGAGCCAGGAGAUGAUAACAGACAAUUUAGGUAUGCUGCUUAUCGUCAAUACAUCUUUUGGCAGCAUGGGUCACUGGGUCUGGGUAACCGUCGUGUUAUUCCCAGCUGCUGUAUAUGGAAAAUAAGGGACAGAUACCCUGACCCCCAAGGACAGUACACUGGCUUUGUACCCACCAUUUGAUACCAUUCUAACGUGAACAGUUAAAUUCAAGUUAUUUAUUGUUGUAUAUAUGGUUUUACAAAUUGUUUUUUGAUUUGUUCUGUUUUUUGGUUUGUUUGUUUGUAAAGAGCCUUCCUAAUUUUUUCAAUAAAAAAAAGUUUAUUUAGAAUAACAAUACUAUGCUUUUUACAAUGUAGAGAAACAGUAUAUAAAAUGGUAUAAUGAUAAAUGUUACACAGUAUAAAUAGAAAACUAGACUCAGCUGCUCUGUACUGUUGAAACUUUUAGUCUGAAAUUGUUGAUAAGCAGCUUGUGACACAAAAGUUUACAUGGCCAUGAACAUGGUCAGGGUUGUGAGGCUCUGGAAACUGGGCUUCACAGGUCUUUAGUCUGGAAUGUUGACACUGAGGAGAGCAAAAUAAAACCUGAAGUUAGUUUAUUUCAAA